CGAACCCGUCUCGCUGAGCAGGUUCUCCGGAAAGGUGGUAGUUAGAAAACGGGGGAGGAAGGAAUCGUCGGCCCAGGUUAGUUGAACCAGAGAAAAGGCUGCAAAAUUCCUUCUUGGAGAAGAAGGAACCACGCCCCCAUUUGCUCUGACUGGCGCUGAAGCUUGGGCAGCCUAAGUCCUCAGACCCGGGCAUGACUCCCUCGUGCCAGUCUGGGCUUUGUCUCCGUGUUCAUCCCCAGGUCUUAGAUGUUCUAAAGCAGCAUUGUUUGUUUAGCUGUAGCUGAGACAUGCUUUUCUUCUUCACCCCGUCUUGCAGUCUUCCCCCCGCCCCCGGACCAUUGCAAUGCUUUACUUGAUCGGACUGGGCCUGGGCGAUGCCAAGGACAUCACUGUCAAGGGCCUGGAAACGGUGAGACGCUGCAGCCGCGUGUACCUGGAAGCCUACACCUCGGUCCUGACCGUGGGCCAGGAGGUCCUGGAAGAGUUUUAUGGAAGAAAACUGAUUCUUGCUGAUAGAGAAGAAGUGGAACAACAAGCUGAUAAUAUUUUAAAGGAUGCUGAUACCAGUGAUGUUGCAUUCCUUGUGGUUGGUGAUCCUUUUGGGGCUACAACACACAGUGAUCUUGUCCUGAGAGCUAUAAAACUAGGAAUUCCGUAUCGAGUUAUUCAUAAUGCUUCCAUACUGAACGCUGUGGGCUGCUGCGGUUUGCAGUUAUACAACUUCGGAGAGACCGUUUCUAUUGUUUUCUGGACUGACACCUGGAGACCAGAGAGCUUCUUUGACAAAGUGAAGAAGAACAGGCAGAAUGGCAUGCACACACUGUGUUUGCUGGAUAUCAAGGUAAAGGAACAGUCUUUGGAAAAUCUUAUCAAGGGAAAGAAGAUCUAUGAACCUCCCCGGUACAUGAGUGUAAACCAGGCAGCCCAGCAGCUCCUGGAAAUUGUCCAAAAUCAGAGACUCCAGGGAGAGGAACCAGCUGUCACCGAGGAGACACUUUGCGUUGGCUUAGCCAGGGUUGGGGCUGAAGACCAGAAGAUCGCAGCAGGCACCUUGCAGCAGAUGUGCACUGUGGACUUGGGGGGGCCAUUGCACUCCUUGAUCAUCACAGGAGGGAGCAUGCACCCACUGGAGAUGGAGAUGCUAAGUCAGUUUUCCAUAACAGAAAAUAGCUCUGAUGCAGAACACUGAACACAGAUGUGCUGUAAAGUUUAGUCCUGUACAUAUGAACGUGCAUUUGUAUAGCAAGUGAAAUGAGUCUGUGGUUUGCCUAAUAAGGAUUAAACAAGUGAACGAGAAGAAAGGUGUGGUUGGCUCAAUAUUGCCUGGUUUCCUUUAGCAAUGAGUUGAUCAUUUUUUUCCGAGUGAUAUCAUCGGUUAUUGCUGUUUGGGCAUUUUUUCAGGAUUCACAGACAUGGAACAGAUCAACCUGGAAACUCGUACUCAAAGGUGUUUAAACGUUUAUGUUUUUCAUAAAAUUUAUGAAAUCGGUUUGUACCAGGUGGAAUUUUCUUCUUUCUUUAAAAAUCAGCAACUCUCUUUUUGACUACAAGCUGGAUUGUUCUGGACGCUGUUAUGAAGUAAUGCAUAGAUAUGUGAACCAAAGUGACAGUGGCCCUGACUUAAAUCUCUUAAUUUUUUUGCAUAAAAUGACAGUCUUCUGAGUGGUCUUAUUUAGCUAACAUCCUAAUUAUGUGUCUCAUGUUUCUGUUGAAUUUUAUAGACUAUAUAAUUGUGAAAUUAUAAAUGUAUAGUCAGCAUGUACAGUUGUUGUUUGGUCUUAAAUAGCAUCUUCCACAUCAAGCUAUCAUUUGUUAGAAAAUUUGCUGAUUACAAAAUAAAAAUUUUUUCAUUGAAAUUUGAAGACAA